AUGGAUAAUGUACCAAAUGUGGCAACGCGCACACUGUCUCGACGAGGGCACACGUAUGCUACAGGAGCCAAGAAAACUCUCGAGAAUGUCAUCAAUAAUCUGUGGGACCCGGAAGACAACCCUGAUGGCUUCGUCAGUCUGGGAGUCGCAGAAAAUGCACUGAUGCAUGAAGAACUGGCAAGCUAUGUCAAAGACUCCAUCCAAGACCUUCAGACGCACGCUUUCACCUAUGGCGAUAGCUUUUACGGCAGCAAGCGCCUACGCUCCGCCAUCGCCCAAUUUGUGAACCAUCGUUUUCAGCCUAACCAAGCUGUCAAACAGGAACAUGUCGUGGCAACUGCUGGUCUGACGAAUUCUCUUGAGCAAUUGGCUUACGCGCUUGGAGAUCCGGGCGAUGGCUUUUUGAUUGGCAGACCAUACUACACAUCGCUGCCGAAGGACUUCGGCUCGAGGGCCGGAAUCCAAUCAAUUGGAGUAGCCUUCGGCGACGUAGAUCCGUUCAGCAUGGAUGCGAUUUUGAAAUACGAGGAAGCUCUAAUUGAAGCACGGAAGGAUGGUGUUCCAACGAAGGCUUUGUUUCUUUGCUCGCCGCACAACCCACUAGGUCGCUGCUAUCCCAGAGAGGUCCUCGUCGGACUCAUGAAAUUCUGUCAACAACACAAGAUCCAUUUGAUCAGCGAUGAGAUAUACGCGCUUUCCGUCUGGCAAAACCCCGAGGUGCCUGACGCCGUUACCUUUGAAUCUGUCCUCUCAAUUGAUACAUCUGGGAUUAUAGACCCGGGUUUGGUGCACGUUUUGUGGGGAAUGAGCAAGGACUUCGGAGCCAACGGCCUUCGAAUAGGCUGCAUCAUCAGCCAACACAAUCACCCACUCCUCGAAGCUGUCAAGGCGAACUCUCUCUUCACAUAUCCCCCCUCACUCUCCGACCACAUAACCUCCACCCUCCUGGAAGACACCUCUUACACAGAAACAUACAUCCGCACCAACCAGCUCCGCCUCGCCGAAAACUACGCGUUCGCUACCUCCUUCCUCAAACAUCACAACAUCCCCUACUCCGCAAAAGUCAACGCCGCGUUCUUCCUCUGGGUUGAUUUGAAACCCCUCUUUUCCAACGUCGCAACGGAGGAGGAACGGAGUAAGCAGGGGAAGGAACUGUCUGGAGCUAUUAUGGAGAGGUUGAUGGCGAAGAAGGUAUUCGUCGCGAACGGAGAGGCGUUUGCGGGCGAGGAGCCGGGUUGGUUUCGCGUGGUGUUUUCGCAGCCGAAGGCGUAUGUGGAGGAGGGGCUGAGGAGGUUGAUGAGUGCUUUUUAG